CCCUCUCUCCCUCUAUCACUCUCUGACAGGGGAGGAAUUGUGCUCACGUGCACUCGCUGCGCGCUCCCCCGUACAGUUGAACAGAGGGUGCAAUACAUAAUUCAGUCCCAGCACGGGAACACCCCAGUCUCUCCCAUCCUGUCAAACCGCGGAGCUGCAGCCUCUACACACACACACACACACACACGCACACGCACAGGUUGUGGACCGAGGCGCGGAUGCGGUUGUUUUCGUGCUGGAUGCAGAAUCAACCUUGGAAGAAGGACGAACGCUGUGUUUGUUGCAAGAUGUGAGUGAGUGAGGAAGGGCAGAUCGUGGAGAUCUCCAGGAGACGUAAACAUUGCCAUGCCCUGCUUCGUGCACCUCCAGCACCUCCUCCGAUCCUCUCCCUCCUCCUUCUCUUUCUCCGCCGCCUCUUCCUCCUCUGGUCCAGGACAGAGGGAUCUGUUUUGAGACAAGACGACGCAGUUGAAGGUAAAUAUUUUUUUGGGGGGACGUGGUGAAGUUGUGUCCGGGAUAGGAGGCUGCGGCAUCCUGCAUCCUGACUUUGCUGUGUCCGUGUUUUGCGGCCAUGCUGCAGGCAGCAUCCCCCGACCUGUUCCCGACUUGAGCCACGCUAUCCGGGAUUAACAAGUUCCCCAAAAGCAGAAAAGUAGUAGCACCACUUCUUCAUGUUCUGGGAGAAUUAUUGUGCACUCUUGGAACUGUCACUCCUCCGUGUAGCUGAGUGAUGAUGUUCAUGAGCUGAACGACAUUUCAGCCCCAAACUGCAGGCUUUUUUUUUUCUUUUUUUUUAGAAAAAAGAUGUGAUCAGCUGCAGACGUUUUAAUGAGCAAAGUCUCUCAAACAUUCAUCAAACUGCCUCUGCAUGACUGCUCGGUGGGACCGCUCUUGUUAUUAUCACAGUUCACUUUAAAGAAGCACCAUGGGUACCAAGCAGACCAAAGGCCAGGAGCCCGGAGGAGCCAGCCCUCAGCACAGCUGGAAACGGACGCCCACCAAGGAGCGGGGAGACAUCUUGGCGUCCCUCAUGCUGAAGUCCGGGGACCGGAUGAACCGUGGUGGGACGCCGCCACCCUACCAGCGCCGCAUCGGCAUGAUCCAGGAGAUGAUGCUGAUGGCCAAGCAGGGCAAGCAGGACGAAGCCACAGAGAUGCUCAAGACACUCCGACAGGACCUGGGCAUGGAGUCAACAUCUCUUGAUGACGUGCUGUACCGCUACGCCAGCUUCAGAAACCUGGUUGACCCCAUCACGCAUGACCUGAUUAUCAGCCUGGCACGAUACGUCCACUGCCCCAAGACGGAGGGCGACUCUUUAGGGGCGAUGGAGAAGGUUUGUCGACAGCUGACCUAUCAUCUCAGCCCACACUCUCAGUGGAGGAGACAGGGCCUGCUCAAGAGGAAACCUCAGGCUUGUUUGAAGGCAGUGCUGAUGGCCCCUCUCUCCAGCGGGGCGUUGGAUCUGUCCGGUAUCCCUCUGACGGCUCGGGACAUGGAGCGCCUGUGUGCGCACCUACAGCGUCACUCAUCCACCCUGGUCAGCUUGGAGCUGGGCUUCACGGAGCUGACGGACGAGGCGUUCCUCCUGCUUCUACCCACGCUAGCCGUCCUGCCACACCUGGAGACCCUGGCACUGAACGGAAACAGGCUGACCAGAACGAUUCUAAAGGAGCUGACUGACGCCCUAAAGGAUCCAGGCAGCUUCCCCAGCGUGACGUGGAUUGACCUGGGCAACAAUGUGGACAUCUUCUCCCUGCCACAGCCCUUCCUGGUCAGCCUGAGAAAACGCUGCCCCAAGCAGGGGAACCUGCCUACCAUCCUGGAGUUUGGAGAGAGUCAGGCCAGCGAACCCCCCGAGAGGCUAAGGGGAAUCGGGGAAGAGGAGGAGACAGACGACACCAACCGAACUGAGAGCAUGGGUGAGCUCCGGUCGGAGGUGGAGGAAGAGCUGGACGGAGAGAUGGAGAUAGAGGAGAUGAUGGAGGAGCUUCUGGACUUUGACAGGGAGGCUCAGGGGAGAGAGGAUGAGGACGACAGCAUGUGGACACUGGAGGAGCAGAGAAAAGUGGGGAGGGGGAGG